AAAUCGCAGUCGGCACUCGAACUACCGUACAGGCACGCUAAAUCAUGAAUCAUGAGUGGUGAAUGUGUGAAGGCGCACGCACCUCCAUGAAAUGAUGCAGCAAUCGCAGUGUGAGUCGCCGCAACCCGGCCUACCGCUUAGUCUGAACAUAUCGCCUCUCACGACGAUUCAUCGUCCACCUUCCUCCCCAUCACAAUCACAGCGUAAUUUGCACAGCAAGCUCGACCUCGCAUACGUCUUGCCAUUCUUUCGAUUGCGAUCCAUUUUGAUCUGGAUCCCUCGCUUGCGCAUCACAGAAGAACGCUCAAAUUUGCAACGCGCACGUCCCGCGCUUUCCGCUUCGCCUCUCGAAUUUGGCUUUCACCCGCUGGCCUAGGGCGCGAGCAAAGAUCAUAAAUCGCUCCAUUUCCCCUGAGAAUAGCAACAUCACCCGCUCUUAAAAGCGACG